UUAAAACGGGUCCACCCAAACAAUGCACGUUGCUAAGCGCUGGAGUGCGAUCACCGUACUUUCGAAACCAUGUUCUUUUUUGUUUUGUGUGAAUUAUAUUACCGUCAAUUGUUUCAAUUCAUAACUAAUACAAAAAACUUGAGUGCUCACUGGAAAUCAAAAGCCAGAACUACGUGCGCGGGAGAUGAAUAUACCUGAUAGUGUCACUGCGCAUAAAAUUAUGUAAAUAUUUCAAUACAGAUUUUUAUUAAACUUAAUUUUAAUUACUUUCCAAGAAUUGCUUACACUAUAUAUUAGUGUUCUGAGUUUCGGGCAUUAAAUUUCCGUCAUUCGAUGGAGCUGCAACCACCCGCCACCACAUUAAAUUGGACAAUAUAAAUAGUACGAAGUUCACGAGCCAGACACGCCCACUCCCGGGUCAACAUCCAACCUGUGCCCAACACAGGGCCAAAACUCCUUAACCUAUAACGCGCACUUCGACGUUCUAACACAGUGACGGUAGUGACAUCACAUGUUUUAGACCAUUAUCAUACCAUCGGACAUAAUAUCGAUUCCUUUUAUCGCACGAGAAACCUGGAAACAUGAACACUUCAAAAAUGAUUGCACAGGUUUGCAGAUUACCAAUUACUUUAGGUUGCCCAGGACGCGGAAUUGGUGGGCGUUUUAAAACAUUGGAUAUCAAAACGUUGUCGACUGAAGUAGCAUCAGCGGUGGAGAGAAAAAUUGAAGUUAAUGGAGUUAAUAUUAACUACAUUAAGGUUGGAAAUGGCCCUCAUAACGUUCUGUGUACACCCGGCGCUUUAGGUUCCAUUUGGACAGAUUUUAAGCCCCAAAUUGAUAACAUGAAUAAGUCAAGAUUUACUUUAGUAGUUUGGGAUCCACCAGGAUAUGGAAAAAGUAUUCCACCCAAGAGGGAUUUCUCCCCAGGAUUCCAUCAUAGAGAUGCAGAUUUUGGAAUUAAAUUAAUGCAGGUUGGAGUAAUGGAGGUAUUGCAUCAAUGAUAAUGGCUGCUAAGUCACCACAGAAUAUAAAUAAACUAGUUUUAUGGGGUUCUAAUUCAUAUUUUAGUGAAGAAGAGGGUGAGAAAUAUAAAGCCUUUCGAGAUCAUUCAGUCCUUUCACCAACAUUAAAAGCUCCGUAUAUUGCCCUAUAUGGACAGGAGUGUUAUGAUGAGAUGUGGACUUCAUGGAUAGAUGCCACUGCAGCAAUUAUGGCGAGUGAAACUAAGGGUGAUAUUUGCAAGACAUUAUUACCAAAGAUAUCAUGUCCCACAUUUGUUUUGCAUGGACAGUUGGAUAUCAAUAUAGCUCCAGAACAUCCCCACUACAUCAUUAAGAAUGUAAAGAAUUCAAGGCUACAUAUCUUUCCAGAAGGAAAGCAUCACAUACAUAUGAAGUACUGGAAGGAAUUCAAUCAGUUAGUGGAAGAUUUCUUGCUGGAAGAAAAUGUCCAGAGCAAACUUUGAAAGUAAGGAUCUAAUAAAUAAUGUUGAAAGCAGAAGCUGAAGGAAAACAGUGUUACUAGUUUCCAGAAACGUAUAUAUACAGUAAAAAAAUAUACUAAUAAUUGUAUUUGAUAUGAAUAAAUAUUUUUAUGCCUACAAUCUGUAUUGCAGAUUGGACGGUGGAGGUAGAGUUAGUAGAUUUUAGCCAUUACUGAAACAAAAAAGGUUUUUUAAGUUAUAUAUGAUCUCUAUAAAUGUUCAUGAGACUAUAAGGCUGGGAUGGAUGGAAAUUGAGAGUGAUGAAUUUUUGAAAUUAUAUCUUUACCAGAAGUUACUGAGAAAUAAACUGUUGUAGUAUUUGUGAUACUUUUUAACUAAAAUGAGAUUAUAAUAUAUUUAGUAAUACAGUGAAUCUGAAAUAAAUAUAGUUUUAAACUUCUGAUUAUGUAAUACUUUUAUUUAUUAUUCCUAAGUCAAAAACCGAGUCAUAAUUAUUUCAGAUAAUGUGUAAUUCAAUGUUAUUCUAGAUGCAGCAAAAGUGUGAUUAUUACAAAAAAUUAUUUGCCAAUGUUAUGUUUAUAAUAUAUAUCUAAUCUAGGCAUUAUGCGAGACACACUAGGUACAAGAGUAUAUAAAAAAAUCACAAGAUCAAAUUUCAGAUCUGAUUGUUCAAUUCGGUGGCCAUGUAAUUUAAUUUAUUCAGGUUCUGGAUUUUCAUAAUCUUUUCUGAAAAGAAGAAAAAUUCUCAGUAAAUUUAUUUUUUUAAUGCCUACAAUUUGUAAAAUUGGCAAAAUAAUUCAGCAAUGCUGUUGGGUUACAAUAAUUUGCAAUUUAUAAUUACAAAUUAUACUGGAGUACUGACAAAAGACAUGGCAACCACCAUCCUAUAAUAACGCAGCUAAAGCAAAAAAUGGUGAAAUGUAUAAUUGAGCACUUUUGCUAAUAUUUGCUAGCUAAAAGUAAACAUCUGAAUGCCAUUAAAUUUUUCAUUUAGAUAGUAAAUUAAAUGUGCUCAUUAAUUCCAUAAAAACUUGUUGAUUAUCACUGUUAAUAGCACACAUGCAAUUAAAACUCCACAACUACCAAUCAGAAAAGAUAAAAAUCUUGUAAUUAAUUUACCAUGAACAUAAAAAUGGACACCACAGAUUUUGUAGAGCAUCAACCUUGAAACACUUAUGAAUAAAUACUUCUUUAUCAUUUAAAGACAUAAUAUUAUAAGUGCAAUUACUUUAUUUGGAGAGUGUUAGCCCAUUUAUUCUUAGCUGUUAUAAUGUAAAAUAUCAGAAUUUUCUUUUAGCAUGUAUAAAUAUGGCCUCAAAGUGCAUUGAUUUGACCCUAUCUGACUAAUGGAACAAAAUAUUUAUGAAUGAAGAAAUGUUUACCAGUAAAACAUAUUUAUUAUAAUCAUAUUACAAAAAUGAAAAAAUACGAAAGUCAAUUGUUUUAGUCAUUCCGAAAAGGAUUUGAGUACCUAGUAGAAAAAUUCUGCAUCCGAAGCAACUUGCUUUUCCAUAUUCCAAGAUUCGUAUAUAUUAUAUUAUCUCUCAUAUGUGCCUUCAUAUUUUCUAGGAGGUAAUAUUGGCAUGUUUUCUUAUCUUCGCCUUAUGCAUGAUCUGGCGUAAGUUCAAUAUUCACACAAAAAAGUUCUCUGUGUACUUAAUUAGUAAGUUUCUCUUGUUUUCCCACAUCAUUACAAUUCGAAACUUUACCUUAUUCAGAGCAAAUGUGAUGUCACUGAAUGUGUGUCUCAAAUGGUAAAGAUCCAUGUCUAAUUGAAUAUAACAUGUGGAUUAAGGAGUAUAAUUGCACUUAAGGUAAAUAAAAUUAAUUCCUACCAUCACUUGUUUUCUUGAAUGUGCUACAAUUGCAUCGAUACCCUCCUUUAACCACUAGUUUUCUUAUUGCUAUAAUUUUAUGAACAUAAUCUCUUUUUUUAACUUUGCAACAUUUUAAUUUUAUGGAUUAAUGUAUUUUGAGUAAAAUUGUAAUCUUUAUAGACUAGAGAAAACCACAAACUUAAGUAAAUUCAGUACUUUGUUUCAAAUUUUGUAUUCCUUCAUUUGCAGUACAUAAUACCCCCACACAAUUGUGUACUUAUUUUUUGGGAUAUACAAGGUCU